AUGCUAUCCCUUGGGACCGGAAGCUCCAAGGCAGCCGCCAACGGCUGCAGCCUUCUCAGUGGCCUUGAAUUGAAGGCGGGCAGAGCAGUUGCAGAAAAGGAUCCGUCUCUGCUCACCUUGCUGGGAGAGCUGGCACAAGCGUCCCUUGGGCCGAGAAUGCACGCCUGUGCAGUCUGCAAUUUGGCCACAUUUUCAGGUGCAGGCGGUCUCGAUAUUCAGCUGGUGUUGGUGUUGCUGUGUUGCUUGAAUUUCCCGCCGCAACAUCCGGAGCAGAGAUGGAGGUUUGCAGUGGUUCAGGACUGGCGCCGAUAUUUCGACUGUGUGGACACCUUUGGAGCGGAUUUUGCCUUGGGUGACGCCGUGGAGUUUGACAAUGCUGGUGCAAUCACUGAUGGUCGUGUCGUCUUGCUAGAGGAGGAUCAGGCUUUGGUGCGCGAGACUAUGAAUGGGCGUAUCCGAAUCGUCAAGCAUCGGGAUCUUUUUCCUCCAGGGUCCCGACAGGCUAUGGCACAUCAUCGUGCCCUGCUUGGCCUUGCACAUGAUGCAGGAGCUGUAGAGGCCACAAAGGCGUUCAGGCGGCUCGCAAAACAACACCACCCAGACAAGGGUGGAGAUCCGGAAAUGUUUCGACGAUUGCGAGUGGCCUUUGAAGCCCUCACGCUUUCAACUUCUACAGCAGUGGAGAAGUCGCCGUGCAGGUCUGCGGCAAAGUCCAAGCCUUCCAAAGCAAGUGAUGCAGAUUCCCCUCGGACGCCGGAAGGCCCAAGGCGGCGCCUGCGCCAGAAGACGCCUCCUGAGGGAAUGCGCAAGGACCACCCCGUUCCAGACAUGGAGGGACCCGCUCCAAAACGUCACUGCAGAAGAGAGAGGACCAAACACACCGCUGCGGAUGACAAGAAGGAGGGGGAGGUUGCUCAAGAGCUGACGGUGAACGGCAUCAUGCAGUUGAUUUGGCUCUUUGCCGUCGGCCCAAAAUCCCAUGCAUGAUGCACGAAGUCCUGCUGCCUUAAAGGCCCAGAGGCCGCAAGGAAAACCGUUGAAGCACGUGGGAGCUACUACGGGUGUGGGUCAAAGUGGAUCCAUGGAUCCGCAAAUUUUCG